AAGAAGUAUAAUUAUCCCAGUAUACAAGGGGAAAGGUGAUCCUUUAGAUUGUGGGUCUUACAGAGCUAUUAAACUCUUGGAACAUGCAAUGAAAGUAUUUGAGAGAGUGUUAGAAAAGCGGAUAAGGGAACAAAUCAAAAUUGAUGAAAUGCAGUUUGGUUUUACAUCGGGAAAAGGCACGACAGAUGCAAUUUUUGUGGUGAGACAAAUUCAGGAGAAGUAUCUUGCGAAGGAAAAGAAACUCUAUUAUGCGUUUGUUGAUUUGGAGAAAGCAUUUGAUAGGGUGCCGCGUGAGAUUACAAGAUGGGCCUUGAGAAAAUCCGGUGUGGAGGAAUGGUUAGUUACCGCAGUGAUGGCAAUGUAUGUUGGAGCACAAACAGCAGUACGGACGGAUUAUGGUGAUAGUGACAGCUUUGAGGUGAAGGUAGGACUUCAUCAAGGAUCCGUGCUGAGUCCAUUAUUAUUUAUCUUAGUAAUGGAUGUGGUGGCUAGAGAAAUGCGUGAAGGACUUCCCUGGGAGAUAUUAUAUGCAGAUGACCUUGUAUUAAUGGCAAACAGUGAGGGAGAAUUGAGGGAUAAAGUUAGUAAAUGGAAGAUGACUAUGGAAGCAAAGGGCCUGAAAAUGAAUGCAUCAAAAACAAAGGUGAUGAUUGGUGGGGAAAAUCUAAAGAUAGAAGAAUCAGGUAAGUGGCCUUGUGGUGUAUGUGGGAAAGGAGUUGCUAGAAAUUCUAUCCAAUGCACCAGAUGCCAGAAAUGGGUACAUAAAAGAUGUAGUGGGAAAAAAGGCAGUUUGAUGUUAGAAAGAAUGACCUUAAUUUGUAAAACAUGCAUGAAAGGGAUACAUAAUAAUGAUAACCUAAAAAAUGGUGGUCUGGAUAUUGGCAAUGGGUUAACCCUAGAAAAAGUGGAUAAGUUUUGUUAUUUAGGUGAUAUGCUAAACGCAGAUGGUGGUGUAGAUUCUGCUGUUGUUGCAAGGAUCAGACAAGCUUGGAAGAAGUUCAGAGAGAUGUCAUCUAUUCUUACAAAUAAAAAAGUUUCUCUGAAACUAAGAUGGUUUGGGCAUGUGGAACGUACGACAAGAGAUGACUGGGUAAAGAGAUGCACAAUGAUGGAAGUAGGAGGAUCAAGACCUAGAGGAAGACCCAAGAUGACGUGGACAAAUGUGAUAGCGGCGGAUAUGAGAAGCUUGAAUCUUACAAGUAUUGAUGCUCAGGACCGUCAAAAAUGGAAAAGAAAAAUCAGAGUGAAAACUGGCCUACCCGGGUAA